GGACUCCGGGCAGAGGCACAUCGGGCUGGACUCCGGGCAGAGGCACAUCGGGCUGGACUCCGGGCAGAGGCACAUCGGAUUAGCAGGAGGGGCGACAGGCAUCGGGCCCCCAGGCGGGGCGACAGGCAUCGGGCCCCCAGGCGGGGCGACAGGCAUCGGGCCCCCAGGAGGGGCGAUGGGCAUCGGGCCCCCAGGAGGGGCGACGGGCAUCGGGCCCCCAGGCGGGGCGACGGGCGCCGGGCCCCCAGGCGGAGCGGCGGGCGCCGGGCCCCCAGGCAGAGCGACAGGUCUCGGGCCCCCAGGCGGAGCGGCGGGCGCCGGACCCCCAGGCGGAGUGACAGGUCUCGGGCCCCCAGGCGGAGCGGCGAGCGCCGGACCCCCAGGCAGAGCGACAGGCCUCGGGCCCCCAGGCGGAGCGGCGGGCGCCGGACCCCCAGG